GUUCAGUUCGUGCAACUUCUGCAAUCUUUUCCGAUGCCAUGUAUCGACUCCUGUAUGGCAGCACAUUGGUUGCAGCCUUUGAGCCCAAAGACAGUGCCCAUUGCUUGCGCUGGAGCCAGGAGGCUGAGCCUUCACGUCUCCGCAUUGAGGGCAACUUUGAGGCACCAGUCCUUUGCCGCGAGGGGUUGGCACCGUCCCAUCGAUGGGGUUUUCUCGCAAGCAACGGCAGCUUCAUCUCGGUUGUUGGUGAGACAGGAGUGGCUUCAACGCUUCUGGAAUUCCCAAGCGUCGCUUCGGGCUGCGACGUUUGGUGGCGCGAGGUCUCAGAGGAUGUGAUUCCACCGACACCAGAGCUUGCGAUGCCUUUGUGGGAGGACGGUCGAGCCAUGACCACUCACGCUGGUAUGGUGGGUCUUUGCUUCGCUACCAACUCCAGCAGCCUGGGGUAUAUCCCUUUGGAAGGACCUGAGAUGGGCCAGUGCCACUUUCUCGCAGAUGGUGAGCCAAGAGUUUUAACUGGUGGCCUUUUUCACCUUCUCCAGGCAAGGCCCAAAGUGGCACCCUGCGCAGAGGGAGAUCUGGCUCGCCAGCAGCUGCUUCGUGGCUUGCGUGGCCGAAUAGACCGCUUUCUGAGCCAAGAGGAUCACGAGCUGCUGGAGAGGGUGGUAAGCCAUUCAGGCAGCGAUGGAGGUCAAGGUGGCAUCUAUGCCAGGCUUUUAAACGGCCUGAACCAGCUGGAUGCCUGUCAGCUUAAAGAGGUGCUUUCAUCCUCUCGCUUCGUGGCCCACGAGCUAAAUACGCUCGGCCUUCAUGUGCUACGGAGCCUGCUGGCAGAACGCAUGGUCACUGCUAGAACUUUGGGCCGAGGAUACACGUCGCAUCCAGACUUCCCCACCUGGCACCGCGAUGGGCUUUUGAUAAAGGACCUUGAUGAUCCAGAACUUGGUGGAGACGAGGGAGUGCUGAAGCUGCUGCGCAUGGUUUCUGGAGAGGAGACCUUGGGCAUUCCCGAGUCCCUGCAUUGGCAGCCAAGGAAUGUCACAGUACAGGACACUCCUGACCCACAGCAGCAAUUUCAUAUCGAUACCUUUGCACCCAUCGUGAAGGUGUGGGUCUUUCGUGAUCCACCAGGCGUCAACCUCACCCAGGGGCCCUUGUUGUUCUCCAGACGGAGCCAUCGCAACUCUGAGGCCAAGCUGCGCUGGAUGCAUGCAUAUGCGCAGCCUCCAUCCGCUGAGGCGCAAAGAGAGCCUUCGUUUCGACUCAAAGGAUGUGCUGCUGCCACCGAAGCAGCUUCAGAUUUCAUUGCGGCAGUGGACGGAAAGAUCGAGAUGGAGGCUGCCGCAGCGGCCACUCCUGUUCUGCCACUCCCAAAGACGCGUACAUUGGUGCUGGCAGAUACAAGCGCGCUGCAUGCACGUGGGCCUGGUGUGCCUGGCACCCAUCAACAUGUGCCAAAAAGCCUGCUGGUGACAUUGGAGAACAAUUUGGAAUUAUGUGUAAUUUUAGUCGUAACAUAAUGUAACAUAGCUGUUUGGUUUGCACUGACCCUCUGGGGUCGUUUCCCAGGACCUCCCAAGUAUGUUGCAGGACACGUUAUCAUGCUGCUGGCAGAAAAGCUGUGUUGGUAGAAAGCAGAUCCUUUCACAUCACCAGCAGGGAAGACAUCUGAGUCUACGCAUUGUUUGCACUUUCAUUGGGCUAUUGGUGCCUCAGCAUCGAGAAAAAGUCACCGCAAAAUCUGUUGCAUUGGAGCAACUCUUGUAGAAAAAGACGGACACCGAGAACAAAGGAAGACAUGGCUCUUCUAAAGGGGGUUUGCAGAACCUCUUAAGGCCCUUACCAAGUCUUACCUUCUAAUUUUUUCACCAUGCAAUGUGCCUCUUACGCUGGCCCCGAGACCUGGACACGUGCGACAGUCUUGGCGCUUGAAGGGCGACAAUGAUGGUGGAUUGAAGCGGCUCAAUCCGUAUCGCUUGGAGGCCAAGGAAGAGCUCUGAGAAUGCUGGCCAAAGAUGCUAGCUUUCCAUGGAGGACCUCUGUUAUUGAAA